CCCUCCCUCCCUCUAUAUAUAUAUUCUUGCUCUUUCAUUAAUUUGCUAUCUUGCACCCAUUCGCAAUGUUUAUGGUGAACGAGGUGAAUUGUAUACCCAUGUUGGCCUCAAUUGGUGUAAAUGGAAAGAGAGUCACAGAGAUUCCUAAAGAUACUGGGAUUAAGGAUUUCAUAAAGUCCAUUCUUCUCUCUCAUCCAGACUCGACCAAGGAGCCGUUUUUCGUUCUGGACUUGGGGCUCGUUAAGUUCCUCAUGGAUAAAUGGACCCAAAACCUCCCCUCCAUCCGCCCUUUCUACGCCGUCAAAUGCAACCCUGACCCCUGCUUUGUCGCCUACAUGGCAAGCCUGGGAGCAAACUUCGACUGCGCCAGCCAAGCAGAGAUCGAACUGGUCAUUUCCCUCGGCGUCUCCCCAGAUCGGAUCAUAUUCGCCAACCCCUGCAAACCCGAGUCCCACAUGCGCUAUGCAGCGAGUGUGGGAGUCAGGAUAACAACUUUUGAUUCGAUAUAUGAGGUGGAAAAAAUGAAAAGGUGUUUCCCGGGUUGCCAGCUCUUAAUCCGGAUCAAAGCACCGGAUGACGGGUCGGCCAAGUUACCCUUGGGUGUUAAAUUCGGAGCCCUGCCUCAUGAAGUGGAGCCGCUCCUCAUAGCCGCUCAAAGUGUUGGGUUAGACGUUGUGGGCGUAUCGUUCCACGUGGGAAGCGGUUCCACCGACUGUACAGCCUACCACUCGGCUAUUUCUGCCGCCCGGGAUGUCUUUGACACAGCUGAUAAGCUAGGGUUGCCAAAGAUGCGGGUCCUCAACAUCGGGGGUGGCUUCACCGCCGGGCCUAUAUUUGACGAUGCCGCCGAUGCCGUUAAGUUUGGGAUCCAAACCUAUUUCCAGGACCGGAUGACUGGCCUGGAAAUAAUUGCUGAGCCGGGCCGGUACUUCGCGGAGUGGCCGUUCACGCUGGCCGCGAAUGUUAUCGGGAAGCGUGUGAGAGGUGAGCUCAUAGAUUACUAUAUUAACGACGGAGUUUUCGGGUCAUUAAGCUGCAUACCAAAGGAACAUGUAGCUGUCACAAUUGAGCCGUUAAUAAUAAUGGCCUUGGAGUCCGACCCGGAUAACCCAAAUGGGUCUGGAUCAAUAACCCACGGGUCCACGGUGUUUGGGCCUACUUGUGCUGCAACUGAUAUGGUGGCAAAGGACUACCAGCUGCCGGAUAUGGAAAUCGGGGACUGGUUGGUGUUCCCGAACCUGGGCGCAUAUUCAGCAGCUUGUGCCUCCAAUUUCAAUGGCUUUAAAGGUGUCGGAAUUUCCACUCAUUUGGUUUACUCCAACAACCAUUCCUAGCUAUUAAUUAAUAUAAUAUUGCCAAGAGCCAACAAUAAUCAUCGAACCAAUGUUUUGUAGUUCGAAAUAAGGCUAUUUAAUUUCUUAAUCCUGAUGUUUGUUUUACAUUUUGGUUC